CGUAAAUCUGACUUGCCAGAGAAGUGUGGCCAUUGGGAAGGCAUAGGACGCCCAGCAGGUGGCAGAAGCUCCAAGUCACCCCGCCAUCAAUCAAUAAAUACCUCUCCUGUCUUGUCGCACCUCCCUACUAGUCUCGCACUCCCGUCAAGACACCUUACUCAGUCCACAUCUCUGUCCCAUCCUUCCACUCUUCCUAACCCAACAAAGACAAAACUCCCAGCCAGGACCCAACACCCCACGCACAUUCAUCAUGUCGAACUCCCUGGACCAGCUCAAGGCCGCCGGCACCGUCGUCGUCUCCGACUCUGGCGACUUCGCCUCCAUCGGCAAAUACAAGCCCCAGGAUGCCACCACCAACCCCUCGCUCAUCCUGGCUGCCUCCAAGAAGCCCGAGUAUGCGAAGCUGAUUGACGAGGCCGUCCAGUACGCCAAGCAGUCCGGCGGCGACGUCGACACACAGGUGGACGCCGCCCUCGACCGCCUGCUGGUCGAGUUCGGCAAGGAGAUCCUCAACAUCAUCCCCGGCAAGGUCUCCACAGAGGUCGACGCCAGCCUCUCCUUCGACACCAAGGCCUCCGUUGAGAAGGCCCUGCACAUCAUCGACCUCUACAAGCAACAGGGUAUCUCCAAGGACCGUGUCCUGAUCAAGAUCGCCUCGACAUGGGAGGGCAUCAAGGCUGCCGAGAUCCUGCAGCGUGACCACGGUGUCAACACCAACCUGACCCUCAUGUUCAGCCUGACCCAGGCCAUCGCUGCCGCCGAGGCCGGUGCCUUCCUGAUCUCUCCUUUCGUCGGCCGUAUCCUGGACUGGUUCAAGGCCCACACCAAGAAGGAGUACGCCAAGGAGGAGGACCCCGGUGUCGAGUCGGUCAAGGCCAUCUUCAACUACUACAAGAAGUUCGGCUACAAGACCAUCGUCAUGGGUGCCUCCUUCCGCAACACGGGCGAGAUCACCGAGCUGGCUGGAUGUGACUACCUGACCAUCUCCCCCAACCUGCUCGAGGAGCUCAUGAACUCGGACGCCUCGGUCCCCAAGAAGCUGGACGCCUCCGCCGCCUCCUCGCUCAACAUUGAGAAGAAGUCGUACAUCAGCAACGAGCCUUUGUUCCGCUUUGACUUCAACGAGGACCAGAUGGCCGUUGAGAAGCUGCGCGAGGGUAUCAGCAAGUUCGCCGCUGAUGCCGUCACGCUCAAGGAUAUCAUCAAGUCCAAGAUCCAGGCAUAAGGGCUUUUCUUUUAAAACAAAAAGUUGAUUGGUGGUAUAAGUAAACAUGAGGAUGGGAAAUGAUACCGUAUAUAGCAUUUGCUUAAGAGGAUGUCAACAAGACUCCUAUGGCCCAAAUUGAAUCAAUUGGUUUGCCAGAACGAUCCCGAGUGCUGCUUCACACGCCUGUGCCGUGCUCCCACAUCCAAGGGCAAGGCCAACACGUAUUGGUUAUCCCAGAAAGCAUCAGGUAUAAAGAAGAUCUUGGUGAGGUGGUUUUGAAUAAGCCCGUCGAUCUGGUUAGUGAUCAGAUGGGGAACUUGACAGGAAUUCCAUACAGUCAACUUCAUGGUGGUGCCUGUAUUUGUAUAAUGAAGACUACUAAUAGGAAUGCCAGUUAAGUUCUCCUCUAACAGUGGUCUGGUCUUUCAUAUACCUGUAAUUAUCAAUUCGAUUCAAUCCUUUGAGCCCGGUUAUUAUCCAAAACCGGGCCUGGGCCUGUUUACGAAACCCUCCCAGAACGCCUGCAAUGCCCAACUUCCUCCUGUUCGUACGCUGGUUCCAAAGCCCAUGAUGCAAUUUUCCUCUUCAACCGCGCCCUUUUGGUGGACCUCAUAUCUCUUUUCGCUCAUGGCUUUGUGCCCUUAGCGCACGAGACCUGCGUGAUACCGUGUACAAUGCCCUCGGGGCGCGCCUCUAUCACCAGCGCCGACAGCUUCCGACCGUACACGCAUCCAGAGUCUAGGCCGAACGUGUGGCCCUUGCCGUUGCCGUAGGUAUCGGGCACCUUGAGCCCGCUCUUGGCAUCGUGCCCGUACACGAUUGUCAGUCCGCUCAGCUCCUUCUCGACGUCGGUCUGCUCCCGCGCCUUCUUGCCCUUCUUGUGCUUCUUCUGCGAGCUCUCUGGUGGCGCAGGCCUAUCGUGGCCAUCGUUGGUCGCGUCUGGAGCGGCGGCGGCGGCAGGGGGGGUCUCCUCCUCUGCUUCCUCCUCCAUAGCCAGCGUGGUCUUUGCCAGCCGCUGCUGGAAGCGGUUCCACUCCUUCCACCACAUGAUGCCCUCCCUGCCUUCAGUGGGGACCGCAACAUCGUCGCCGCCGUGCUCGAAGCUCAUGCCUUCCGCCUCCAUGAUCUUCUGCACGAACUCGUCGAUCAUUUCCUCGUCGAUCUGCUGGGCGGCGGCGAUGCUACCCCUGCCUUUCCGGUUAUUGGCCUUAUCCUCAAGGAAUCUUCUCACCGCCUUCCGCCUCAGCUCGUCCACGGGGUACACGAGCGAGCGCAUCGACAUGACGGCCUGCGGGUCCUGGUCGGCCAGGGACACGUUGGGCACGAGCCCGCCGUGGACGACGACCAUGUUCUCGAAAGUGGGCGGCAGGCCCUUGUCCGAGGGGAUACGGCCGACCUUGAGGAUCACGGGGAGCUGCGACAGCCACUGGAUCUGGCGCUUGGACAGCGAGCGCGCGGUCUGGAACUCGGGCUUGUCGCCGCGGUCAAGCAGGGCCUCGUGGGCCAGGUACUCCUCCUUGGCGGCCUUGGGGUCCUUGCCCUGGUCGUUCUCGUCCUGCUUCUCCUCCUGGUCCUUGUCGUACACUUUCGUCUCGAGGUCCACGGCAUCGAUCGCUGAUUUCUGCGGCUUCGGGUCCUCGUUCAUGGUCGCCAGCACGGACAGCACGCGGUCCUCGUGGUUGCCCCUUACGGCGUGGGCGCCCAGCUCGAUCGCCAAAUCCACCACGCCCGCCGAGUCUGGGCCUUUGUUGAUGAGGUCACCCGUGAGGAUCAGAUGGUCAUGGGCCUUGUCGAAGUGGAUCUUUGCCAGGAUGUCGUCCAGCGCCGAUUUCUGGCCGUGGACGUCGCCUACGAUCACGAGACGCCUCGUCUGCCCAUCCCGACUGGGUAUGAACUUCUUGGGUAGCUCUGCCACGAUCUUAUCCGGCAUCCCUUUUAUCGGCGGCCUGUGUGAAUUGCCAUAGCUCAUGGCUGAUAUACCGGCGAACACAGACGACAGGUCGUCGUCGGGCUCGAUAGCCAAUGGUUCGGGCUCGGGCCAGAAGAGCGAGUAUGUAGUGGAUGAUACCCUGCUGUAGCUGAGGAGGAGUGUGAAGGUCAGGAUGGCGAGGACUGCAAUCAGGAUUCGGGGAAGUCGCGAGGAGGAGUGGUGCCCGGAGAAUAUAGACAUGGUGGUUGUGUUUUGGUGGCGCGGGCGGCGCUUAGGCGAGGCUGAUACGGUACGUUUGCCGUCACGUCGUCAUAGGGUGGGCAGAGACCACGUGGUGCAAGAUGUUCGACAGGCGCGAGGAGUAUGACUCCCAAAUUAUGUCGAUGGCAAGGUUCGUGAUAAUGCUGGUGUAGCUGCUGACAUUUAGGCCAAUAUGGUCAUACAACGGACUUGGAAACCUCGGGAUGUCCGUGGGGAGUGGGUGUGCCGAACUCCCGGGCGCAAGCAAGCCUACGAGUAUGAAAAUCGAUGUCCAAGCAUAGGCAGAAGGGACUGGUGUUGAAGACAAGGCAACAAGAAGUCAGACACAAUCGCGAGAUGUGAGAACAAACACCAACAAGAAUGUUGCAGUCAGCAAAGAGGAAUGAGCCCGGGCAUUCUCCUGCCAGCAGGAUAUGAAUGUUGUUGACAUUGUGAGGAGAAAUUGAGCCAAGAUCAUCAGCCACUUUCUCGGACUGCCUGGGCUGCCUGGGCUGCCGCUCGGUUGGUUUCCACAAGGCUCGGCCCCAUAAGGCAAAAGGGACCACGCGACUGCCUGGUACCACGGAUUUGGCAGCUGGGGUUGCUGGGUUCAGACCCGGUCUCCAAUUCGACCACAAUCAAUGUACGAGAAGACCUCUGGCAACAUCACAGAUGCCCUUA